AUGAGUCCAUUCCCGGAGAGGUUCUUCAAGUUCGGCUACGAACCUCAAAACAAGAAGGUAAACACGUACUUCCAGCUGAACUACCUCAAUGCUAUUACCUUCGCACUUGAAGAUGACCACAUAGAAAAGCUUAUGGACUCCCAAUUUGGGAAACUUUUUCAAGCUGGCAACAAGAUCGCAUCUUCCGUUAGGUUUCUCCACUAUCUGCUGUCUAGGCAACUCGUUACCAGUAAGAAGAAAGAGAUAUGGUGUCUUUUCUCUGGUCAGCCAAUUCGUUUCUCGAUGAGGGAGUUCGUUAUUGCAACUGGUUUGGAUUGCUCGUCUCUACCUUCGACAUCUGAAGGUGACGAUGAUGAAAUCAAGAGUUACACUAAAGAAUUGUUUGGGUCUGAGAAAAACGCAACUCCACUUUGGAUAGCCAAUACUCUUUUGGGCAGGCCGUACAAGGAAAAAGAUACCAGAUUCAAGCUUGCUUGUCUACUACUUGUUGACGAGAUAGUGUGCCCCACCUCUAAGAAUACAAAAAUUAAUGGGGAUCAUAUCUUGAUGGUUAGAGAUGUUGAUGACUUUCUCUCAUAUCCUUGGGGUCGCAAAUCGUUUGACAUCACCAUGGAAAGCAUCAAAACGAGAACUGCUACUCUGUCCAAUCUCUGUCAGCCGACCUGUGCGAUUCAGAGCUUCUUACACGCCCUUCAAAUGGUGGUUUUAGCUUGCGUCCCCAACUUGUUGUCUAAGGAUGUUAAGGGGAAGAAACCAAGCUUAGCUGAUGAUGAUGAGGACGACGAUGAUCUCCCAUUAAUACGCCCGGUCGUUGUAAAACACAUCCUCGAUGAUGAGGACUCAGUCUUAGACGAGGAGAUUAUGGACGACGACGAGGAGGACUCCAAGGUGGAAAAGUUGCUGAGUGCCAUUGAAGAUGGAACUGCAUUCACCAACAAGUCCUUCGUUGGCGGAGUAAAGGCAUCCGAACAUAGUAAGCUUCCAAAACAUCCAUCAUCCUCAACAUCACGAAAAUCCGCAUCCGAUGGGGAUGACGAUUCCGGUGUAUCUGCAUUUUUAGAGAAAUUACUUGCUGGAAAUUCCAGCAUUUUGAAUGCGGUUAACACACUUUCAUCUGAUUUUCGGAUGAUUCGACGUGAUGUCAAAUCGGCAGUCAAUGAGCUAGCCGCUUUACGCACCGAGUUCACUAAAUUCAAAAAGACGAAUCGUUCUACUGACACCUUGCCCGCUACAACCUCAAACAAAGUUCAAAGAAAAGAACAACAAAAAGAUAACCAAGGAACCUACGAGGGGAAUGAAGAGAACAAGGGGAAUGAAAAGGGACUAGAUAACGCAGCGGCCCAGGAAGGGGAGAAUCAAGUGAAUGAACCAAAAACUGGUCAUGGUGUUGACGGUUCUCAAGUUGAAGUUGAAAAGGAAUUUACUUUCACCGAUGAGGCUACCAAGGCGACUAAUACGAUUUAUCAGGAGACAGAGGACAAUGCAGGCGUCCAAGAUCCAAUCGUCGAGCCUGCAAAUACAAAGGAGACAGAGGACAAUGCAGGCGUCCAAGAUCCAAUCGUCGAGCCUGCAAAUACAAAGGAGACAGAGGACAAUGCAGACGUCGAACAUCCAAUUUCCGAGCCCGCAAAUACAAAGGAGAUAGAGGACUAUGCAGACGUCCAAGAUCCAAUUUCCGAGCCUGCAAACACAAAGGAGACAGAGGACAUUGCAGCUGUCCAAGAUCCAAUUCCCGAGCCCCGAAAGGUUACCGGUGACCAUGAUGACUCAAGCGUUUCCAUUUUUGUUUCGGAUAAAGAACAGGUACUAUUGAAGCCAAUAGUAGACGAUCCUCCAGCUUUUUCACUAGGUCUAACGCAGGAAGAGAAAAACCGCGAGGAAUCUCAGCUAAGAGAACAAGAGGAUAAGAGAAAAACGGAUGUUGGAGAUUCUUCCAAAUGUCCUCCUCCAACACAAAAGACCGACAAAUCUGCAGAGUUGUCUUCUUUCUUUCAUAGACCGACCUCUGAACAAGUAUCCUUCCUUGAAGCCAAAAUUAAAGAAACCAGCCUUUUCCCUUCCUGGUAUGGCAUUCGCCUUCCUUCGAACAUCUUUAAUCAGAUAAUGUCUUGUAACAAGCCAUGCAUGAAUGCCAUAGUUGCCUCAAUUCGUGAUGAGCUGUGGGCUACCAGAGAAGCUCAUCCCAUAAAUUACGAUUUCGUUGAGUUCGGAUUAAUCGUCGAAAUUUUCAGGCUUCAUGACCAAUUUCUAUCAAACUCGAAGAAGGCCAAGAUAACCCUGCCUAAAGGCACCAUAUCCUACAUCAAAAACAGAUUUCCUUGGUACACUGUAGUUGGUCGUCUCUACUGUCCCUUCCAGAUAGAUGGUAGGCUUUGGAUUGGUCUUUGCAUCGAUUUGGAGGCACACGAUAUAGCUGUUUUUAAUUGCAACCCAACAAUUAAGGAGAUGAAGCUUAAGACCCUCAUAGUACCACUUGCCGAAUCUCUUCCACACUUCAUCAGGAGAGUAGCGUACAACUCAGAGAUGAAGAACGACACCCUAGACGCAUUCAACAUUUCAAUUGCUAAGCCUGUUUUUCAAUCAGCAAAUCAAGGUCACAGCGCCAUACUUACACUCAUGCUACUUCAGCUCCACUCAGAGAACAUGCCGGUCGACACUGUCAUUGAAGACGACUUGGUCCGUGAUGCAGCUCUAACCUACGCUUUCGACCUACUAUGUAAAGUCGAGCAACCAAUUUCAUCAGCCCCGGCGACUGAUCCCUGA